UUAUACAAGAUGUUUUUAGAAAACGAGGUGAGCCAAAAGAGGAUGUGGGGAGAAUGAAACAGAAAAAAGUGGAGAGGAAAGUGAGAAGAGAUCAGAAGUCAUUAGUUGCAACCUGUGAAAUCAGCUGUCACUCAGAAAUAUUGCUGCUUGGAACUUCAGACACAGGCCAUCAGCCGUCAGCCGAUACUGAAGUAUUCAUUCCUGAAGUGAUGAGUUCGAAGGUCAAGAACAGUAGUUCAUACAGGUUUUUGAGCCCUCAUGCUGCUCAGUUUCAGUGCAGUUUGACCAACCUUGUGUUUGAGAUGGAGAGUGAAGGAGAGGUGCUGUACAGAAUAGACUCCUGGGAUGCCCGUCUGUUGGAUGGUUUAGGCCAGAUGAAGCCUGCAGGUCCUCUGUACAACAUUGACUGCUUUGGAGGUUCAAUCAGUCAUUUGCACCUCCCACACUGUGAGAUAGUACAGGGGGGAAACCAAGCUGAGCUGGUGGUGGCACAUUUUACUGGUGAUAAUGUAGAGCUCAUUCAGCCACUGAAAAAGACAAACACACAUGUGAUUAUUAGCAUCCAAGGCUUCUCUCUCUUUGGCCUUUUAAAGAAGAUGAUUUUCUCUGCCAGUCCUGUCAAUGGCCAAGUAUUACUGUUCUAUAAAGAAAUUACUGGCAAACAAACCAGGAAAAAGCUACACAUUCAUUUGCUGCCGGGGAACGUGCCAGCUGAUGAGGUUGAAAUGUUUGACUAUGACUAUGGCCCCCCAUCCCACAUUUGA